CCGUGGAGUUCUUCACAAGCCGAGGCGUGCGAAUCAGAAGCAGGAGAGAUCUAGAGGAGGUGAUUCGGUCGGUCACGAAUAUCCCACUGACCGCGCUCCGGGGUGAAUCCCUCUCUAACUUCGGGAUUCGUGAGCGGCUUGGCUGGAUGCAUGGGCGCGAAACCACACUGGCGGAGGACUAUGCGUACUGCCUCUUCUGAAUUCUCGAUGUUUCACUGCCUAUUAUUUACGGCGAGUCAAGGAAAGCAGCUAUGGACCGCCUCCUGGAGAGAGCUCGCAUUCUGCAGAGUCAACACAUGCGAGACCAGAGCCUGGUAUGGAACAUCGGAGCCCAGCGCCUGAUGCCGGAGAGCGGUAUUAUGCGGUUCACCCUCAAGCCGUCAGUGGUACUGGGCCGGCACUCGCGUGCUGGGAAUGGAACGGCCCAGCAAGGCUGGCCGAAGCCCCUCCAGUUUGCUCAGACCGAUGUCACGCCAGGCCUGACGUGCCGCAACGGCGAGUUGUUCCUUGCCUGGAAGGCCUCGGGGACGGACAAGAUGUUCUGGAUUCGCCUCGACAGCGACGGUAAUGCGCUCUUGGUGGAGCCCCAUGAGGUGUAUUGGGAUGGUAGCUUCAGCGGCCCUGCACUUGCAGAACUCGACGGCAUCAUCUACGCAGCAUGGAAGGCAGUGGGAAAUCCCGCAGACUUACGGCUGGCAGCCUGGUCGGUAGACGCCGAGAGAUUCGCGCCCGCACAGCCCGUCCGCAACAGCAUCACGGCUAUGGCGCCUACUCUUGCGGCGUUUGGUACCUCGCCUGUGAUGGCUUGGAGAGGGGAAGAGGCGCGUCACCCGCAACCUAACCCUCCUCGCCUCAGCGACGGCCAUCGUGAUCAAUCGAUUCUACUCAAGUUCAAAGAGACAAUCAUCCACCCUCCAUGA